AUGGUGAGGAUUAAACAGAAAGCCUACAAAUCGAGGUUGCCUGUGGAAGAUGACGAGUCGCCGCCCAAGUCGCCACCUGUUUCGCCAUCGGUCCAGCAAUCGGCGAACCCGCCACCGCCUGACACCGUUCAACCACUACCGGCACCUCCGCCAAUCGCGCCGCUAAGCCCCGAUUCGCCGUCGGCAGCACAUCCAUCGCCGCCUGUUCCGGUGCACGCCGUUUCGAAACCCGCGUCAACACCACCGGAGCCGCCCAAAUCGCCGCCAACAUCUUCUCAGUCAAAAUCGCCACUUGUCGCCGCAUCGCCGUCGGAUGCUGCUCCACCGCCGCCCUCCGCCUCCAAUUCGGUAAACCCUCCACCUGAACCCUCCACCGCUGCGGCUGCGAGCAAGGUGAAGUCGCGGCCUACGACACUGCCGGCUGCCACCGAAUCAAUCAAACCGGCCCCACCUAGGUCAUGA